CUUUGGAACGUUUUUCGUAUCUGUAAAGGUGUGACUUUUCAUCCAUCGAACUACAAAAGAAGCUCCAAGGGUAGCUCCUUUACUUUUCCUAUUGCUAAUAUUGCUGGACUAGCAACAUGAAAAUUUCUAUCGCUUUGAUUUUCUUGGUUCUGUUCCUUGCGACUGCAAUCCAAGGACUUGACGGUCCCCUGAAACAAACUUUGAAGAAGCACAACAAAUACCGGACGAAGCAUGGUGUGGAAAAGCUUACGUGGGAUGAGGAGGUAGCAGAGUUCGCACAGACCUGGUGUGACAACCUGGCAGCGAAUGACAAGUUCGAACACAGCAAAGGCAGUGGGUACGGUGAGAACUUGUACAAGAUGUGGGGAUCUGGAGACGAUCCAGCUGCUGGGGCGGGCAAGAAAGCUGCGAUUAAAUGGUACAAGGAGAUUAAAGAGUAUGAUUGGGAAAAGCCAGGGUUUACCAUGGCAACAGGGCAUUUCACUCAGGUUGUAUGGAAAAGCUCGACCAAGUUAGGUUGUGGAAUCUCCACCAAGGAAAGCAGCGCGUGGGUCUGCUGCAAUUACUCUCCUCCAGGGAACUACCAAAAUCAGUUCGAGGAAAAUGUACCCAAGAAGGUGAAGAAAGAUAAGAAGAAGAAGGCGGAUAGUUUAGAAGAAGGCGACUUGGAGGAAGAGAAGAAGAGGGAGAUGAAUGAGAGAGGGUUGGAUGUAGCAAAGUUCGCCACGACCUGGUGCGACAACCUGGCAGCGAUUAACAAGUUCAAACACAGCAAAGGCAGUGGGUACGGUGAGAACUUGUACUGGAUGAGGGGAUUGGGAGACGAUCCAGCUGCUGGGGCGGGCUACAAAGCUUUGACAAAUUGGUACAAUGAGAUUAAAGAGUAUGAUUGGGAAAAGCCAGGUUUUACCAUGGCAACAGGGCAUUUCACUCAGGUUGUCUGGAAUAAAUCGACUAAGCUAGGCUGUGGAAUCUCCACCAAGGAAAGCAGCACGUGGGUAUGCUGCAAUUACUUUCCUCGAGGGAACUUCAGAUAA